UGCAAGAAUAAAAAUCAUGUCGCUUUAAAUUUAAAUUUCGAUUAAAUUCUGUGAUAAUUUAGUGCUAAAUUAUAGUUAAAAAUGUGCUUUAUACAAUAUAAUACAUAGUGUUUGUUACAAGUUAAAAGAAACGUGAUAAAAAUGAAUUAUGCACGUAAAGCUGUCCUUACAUUUGUAAGUCGUCGUGGAUUUAAAACAAAACAUCACACUUCCACAAUUAUUACAGGGACUCCGAGGAAAAAGAGGAUUUAUUUUUAUGUUACUGCUGGAGUCCUAGGUACCUACGGUGCUGUUCGAGUCUCUAAUGGAGACUCCUUACUCCCUGGGGGCGCUAUUAGAUUCUCAAGGUCUUUGCUUAUUGGCCUGCAAAUCAGCUGGGACUACUAUUGGUCAUUAAGGGGCCUCGAAGAAGACUCUGAAGAACUUGUUAUUAAACAGAAAGAUGUGCAUGGGCGCUGCGCUGAUAGACUGGUUCAAGGAUGUUUAAAAAAUGGAGGCAUUUAUAUAAAAAUAGGCCAAGGUUUAGCUUCUUUGAAUCAUAUUCUGCCUGAGGAGUAUACAAUAACUUUAGCACGACUGCAAGAUGAAUGUUUGACCAGAUCAUCAGAAGAGUUAGAUCGACUUUUUGUCGCAGAUUUUGGUGCUAAGCCUGAGGAAUUGUUUAAGGAGUUCGAAAGGGAUAAGCCUAUAGCUGCUGCAUCACUUGCACAAGUUUAUAAGGCUAAAACAGUUGAUGGCAGGGAGGUUGCUGUGAAGGUUCAAUAUAUAGAUCUCCAGGAUCGUUUCGAUGGUGACGUCCAGACGGUGCGUGCCAUAACCAGUUUAGUGGGCUGGUUGCAUCCUUCUUUCAAAUUGGCCUGGAUCCUGGACUACGUUGAAAAUAAUCUAAGACAGGAACUGGAUUUUGUUAAUGAGGCCAAAAAUUCUGAAAAAUGUGCCAAAGAUUUGAAACAUUUGAAAUAUGUUUAUGUACCAGAAGUUUUAUGGGAGUUCACAAACACAAGAGUUCUUACAACUGAAUUCAUAGAUGGCGUAAAAGUCAGCAACAAGGAAGAGUUGCUAAAACAAGGAUUAAAUUUGGCAGAUGUUGAUAGAAAGUUGAUAACUGCCUUUUCUGAACAAAUAUUCAAUACGGGAUUCGUCCAUGCUGAUCCGCAUCCAGGAAAUGUUCUUGUACGUAAGUCCAAAUCUGAUGGAAGUGCUGAGAUAGUUCUCCUGGACCACGGUUUAUACGAAAGUGUACCUCAGGCAGUAAGAAGUGCUUUGUGUGAUUUCUGGGAAGGAAUUGUGUCGAAGGAUUAUGAUAAAAUGCAGAAGCAUGCUAACGAGCUACAUGUAUCUGAUUUUGAAACGUUUGCUGAGAUUUUAAGCCAAAGGCCUCUGCAUAUCGAGAGUCCCUUAACUUUAAAGACUUCUUUAACGCAAGCUGAAUUGAGUUACAUGACAGAAAUGGCUAAGAAAAGAUUUGAUUCAAUUGCUGCAACUUUGAAAGCUAUGCCACAUAAUUUAAUUUUUGUUAUAAGAAAUUUAAAUACUGUGAGAGCAAUUGCUCGAGGCCAUGGUGAUCCUGUGGAUAGAUUACGGUUGAUUGCAAGGACAGCUUUACGAACAAAAUAUGGUGUUAUAUCAAUGCUGAAAUUUGAUUUUAUGAUGUGGAGUGCCCGAAUAAGAAUAGCAUUACUCAAGUUGUACUUAAAGUUUUUAACAUUUAUAAAAAGAGCUCCAGAUACCUCACAUUUACUUAAGAAUAUAAACUAAGAUGAUCAGAGACAUGGGCUCUAAGAAAAGCCGACAAGAACUAUCUGAAGAGUUUUGAAAUGUGGUGCUGGAGGCAAAUGGAGAAGGUAAAGUGGACUGACAAGAUAACAAAUGAAGAAGACCUAAAAAGAGUGGGCGAAAAAACUGAGCACAAUCCUGAAAAGAAAAGGAAACUGAACCGGACCCAUUCUGCAAAAAGAGUGUCUCUUACACGACGUCGUCGAAGGCAAAAUUGAAGGACUAAAAAGAUUGGGAAAAAGAAGAAUGCAGAUGGUUGAUGACUUAUGCAAAAAGAGGAAAUACAGAGAACUGAAAGCCGAAGCACAGGACCAGGAAGCAUGGAAGCAGAAGUUUGGAAAGAAAAACACAUGAAAUAACAAAAAGAAGAGGGGAAAUAGUGGUAAUGGGAAUGAUAAAAUAGAAGGACUAAAAGGAUUGGGAAGAAGAAGAAUGCAGAUGGUUGAUGACUUACGCGAGAAGAGAAAGUACUGGGAAUUGAAAGCCGAAACACAAGACCAGGAAGCAUGGAAAAAGAUAAUUAUAUCAUUAUUAUCUGUUUGUAGAAUGUCUAUAGUUUAAUAAUAUUAUACUUGAAUAAUGCAGUUAUUACAAAUCAAGAAACUGUGGAAUACCUAGAUAUGCACAUUGAUAGAAAACACAACUGCAAAAUGCACUUAACAAUGAAAAGAAAGCAAAUAGAU